CCUUUCCUUUCUGCUUGGAUUUAUGUUCAAAUUCAAUGCAUUCCAUUUUCUCCUUAUCUCAUCUGCCGCUUGGUAUUGAGCAGCUCUGUUUUGCUGCUAAAACCUGGUAUGGAGGGUUUUUGGGCAUGAUGGUUUUUGGUGCAAGUGAAGUGAGCAGAAAUGUGGAUCUUGGCGACGAGACGACCACAAUGAUGUGCAAAUUUGUGAUCCGAGCAUCAGAUGAAUCCAUUACCAAGGAGAUUGCUUCAGAUUUUCAGGGUUGGUUGGAUGACCUAACUGAUGGUGGUGUUGAGUACAUGCCUGAAGAUGAAGUAAAGGUGGCUGCUGCUGAAAAGCUAAAGAUUUCAAUGGAACGGAUAGCAUUACUAAAGGCGGCAAGACCUCGCUUGAAGUCUCCAAAAUUUGAUGAUGGAAAGAAGAGGAGGAAGACGAAGAUGACGAGAACCAAAAGAAAGAAGACAUGAUUAACGUUGAAAAUGGUAAAACUAAGGGGCCAACUACUUUAUUUAAGUGGACGGCAGAAGAGGUUGAGCAUUGGGCACUUCAAGCAGCUGUAAUUCAGGAACGGCAUAUGCUCUGUAAAGAUAGGGAUGCCAAAGUAAAUUGAUUUUGCAUACUUUCUUCGCCAUUUUUGUUUUGAUAAUUUGAUUUAGGUAGUUGGUUGAGAUGAGUUCUAAGUUUGUUUUCUAUAAUUCUAAUUUGUUUCUUUUGUCCCAAUUUUGUAAUUUUUCUGUAUCUUUUUGAAGCACUCUGAGGCUGUAAAUUAAGAAGGCCUGACGCCUUAUACCAU